UUGAAGAAACACACACAUUUGGUAUCCGAUAUGUUUGGAAAACUUUUUUGGAUUAUAGCCGCUUAUACCACCACCGUCCACAGUUUCUAUGAAAAAAUGCUAUGUGCGAAUUGUUCGAAGAUAAACCGGGAUUGCGACGUUACGACAACCGGAUGGAGUUGUGAAUUCGAAGUUGAUGCCCGGAAGUUGGAUCCCCAUGUAAAUUCUUCCAAAUUACCGCCAUUUCUACAGACUUGCCUGCCAGCCGGAAUGGGUUUUGUAAAAGAAAGGCCAAUACUCGGGUAUUGCUGUUUCUGGUCACCGGAAAUGGGAUGCCAAAAGCUCAAACGAAAAGGUGCAGAUACUGAGAGUAAUGUACGUUGUCAUAUGUGCAGUCGGGCGAUUUGGUCAUCGUUGAUGGAAAAUAAGACAUGUCCCUGCGGAAAAUGGUUUAUAGACGCAGAAGACAAGGCCACUAAUCGUAAGAUAUCAAAUUUAAUAGUGUUAUCUACAUUAAUAUGCACAUUACUAUUUUUGUAAGCCAAAUAAAUAUUGAAAUCAAUUUUUUU